AUGUCCUUGCACGACUCUUACAAGACAGCGGAGGCUGUAGCUGAAGGAUUCCGCUCUUUCAGCAACCUCCUGCCGGAGCAUGACACGGAGAUCACCAGCCUUGUCGUCGACCUAUUUUCAAUCAGCCUCUUUCUCAAAGGCUUGGAGGGCAUGGCGAGAAAUCGAGCCUACCGCUAUAGGCUAUCCGCUAUCCAUCCUGAUCUGGAAUUGGUCCGUGCUAGCUUGAAUUACACCCUUGAGGACGUGCUGGACUUCUUUGAUGAUUUGGAGUCCCGGAGAGGCGACCCCAGUGAGGCAUACAAGCAAUUAUGGUUGGAAAUUUCAGCCCAUUUCUUGGAGGAAUCUCAGGAAUCCUUGUCCACCCGGUUAGCCAAGUACAAAUCGUUUCUGAGGGAUUUGAGUGAGAUCAUGAAGGGUGAAGUAACCGAUACUCGUCUGAUGGCUUCGCUUCGCAGCAACCUCAAAGGGCUACUGGUCCACCAGGAUAGCCGACUUGCACCGCGUUUGGGUUCUAUGUCAUUGAGUUCGCCUUCCUCUAGCAGCAGUAGCAGCAGCAAUGGCAGCAAUGCUGAUCCAGGAAGUCCGGUCAAUGGGCGUAGGCCUCGCGGACGCAGGUCGUACGAGCGAGCACGGCCUUCUCAUUCCUCACCUCAAUCGCCUAUAUCCACAUCAUCAGCCACAUUCUCUGACAUUCCACCCUCUGUGCCCUCAGCGCCAGACUCUCCUACUACUAGCACCACUGCCACUAGCCAGUCAAUAGACUCAACUCCUGUCAGUGACCACUGGGCCAGACGGGUAUUUCUGGAUGAGCACCCGAUGACCCCAAUUCCUUACGUGGGUGAAAGCUCCAAAUGCCUCGGGGAGGUGAAAGGUAAUGUGAAAGGGUGGCUUCAUGAGGAGGGAUUUGAGGAGCUAUUCCAACUUGCUUUUAGUGGUGACUCGGAUCUCCGUGUUUGCUUCUAUUUACGAGAAGAUGACCAUCGCGUACGGAUUGUGUGCAAAUCCCGGCGUACCUCUCGGACCAGUGAUUACUCUUGCCUACCCCUGAACUUGCUAGAAAUCGUUCGUAUCGGUUCCUGCUUGCAGAUUUGUCGACGGCGUCGCGGGGGCUCUGAACUAGUGCUGUGGGCCAAUCUUAAGUUUAGUACCAUUGAGCGUAUGUCAGCACAUCUUGUUAUACAGAGAGCCGAAAAGCACAAGGCUAACAUACCGCAGAGAUGGUGA